ACUUGUCCAUUUUCGAUUUUAACAUUAUUGCCGGAUGUUUGUAGCGUGUUGCAUCGCUUGACAAGAAGACAGGUGUCCGAUAAGAUGUUUAACAUGAAGAUAAAGGAAAAGGACUUCCAAAUGAGGUAAAUAAAGAAGUGCCCCGAAUAAGCGGCAACCUUAACAUAGCUAAAGUAGGAAAUUUUCUGUCGAUUUCAAUGGGAAUUUGGACUAUUUAUUUUCUCUUAGCGUAUUCGUCGGCUUUUGCUAACGGCCAACAAAAACAGUCACAAUGCAAUGUUAUUCCAAGUAUUUGUCCCCAAAACUGCAUCAUUACGCUCGGGGGCUGUUCUCAUUGCGUCACUUCCUGUGCAACGAUUUUAGGAGCACCUUUAAAUAAUCUCCAAAGUCAGUUGGGGGCAAAUAUCGGCGGAAGCAGUUCAAUAACCGGAGGUAGUUCAAUGACCGGAAGUGCAGGGUCUCAGAGCGCUUCGUUAUCAAUAUCCGGAGGAUCGUCAUUUCUCUCACCAAGUUCAAUUAAUUCUCUUUCCGGUUUACUGAACUAUAACCCCGGAAACCUUGGACCUCUAAAUCCCUAUCUUAGUUCCGGAUACGGAAGCUUCGCUACCGGAACUAACUACAACCCGGCUAAUCCGGCUCAGAUUAGUUCCGGUAGUUCUUCCGGUACAAACACCGGAAUGUUUGGGUAUCAACCAAACGGGUACAGUGGUGGACAGCCAUCGGGUCCCGGAAGUCAGAUCUCAGGAAAUCCAGCCAAUCCGCUGUCUGUUCAUACAACGGUAGCGCCAUCUACUACAACGGCACUGAAAACAGCGGUGACAGGUGCCAGACACACCUGUCCACCAGUCACGUGUUCCGACAUUAAAUAUCUUCACUUUAUCAACGGAUGUCCGGUUUGUUUAGUACCAACUUUCCCAGCGACUACAACAACUACAGCAUCGAAACCAACUACACAAAAAGUGAUGACGUCACCAGCUACCUGCGCCCCCUUGCGGUGUGUAGCACCGUGUGAUAAAGGCAUCGGAAUAGGCCCCACUGGGUGUCCCAUGUGUCUUUGUAAAUAAAAUGCAGAAUAAAAACAUCAAUUCCUUAG